AACAUUGGAGUUAACGCUCAAAUUAUCUGUCUUCCUACUCGUGCAGGUACUCUAACACGCGCCCAGUGGCGUAUUUGAAUUGACAGUAAUGGACAGGCAGUAUUUCGAGAACGCUAAAAGUUCAAAUUGUGGCAUUGUGACGCAUUAUGUGAUUCCUCAGAGUGGAUACAAUGAAUAACAUGUCCCCCGAGGUUGCACUGAACCGGAUCGCACCUGAAUUGCGGCCGUUGCUGUGCAGCGUGGUGCGGAACGGCCGUGUGGGACUGGACUCCACCAGCUGUCUCCGUGUCACAGACCUCAAAACUGGAUGCACAUCUCUGACCCCUGGUCCCUGUUGUGAUCGCUUCAAACUUCACAUCCCCUAUGCUGGAGAAACCCUAAAAUGGGACAUCAUAUUCAACGCUCACUAUCCAGAAUUGCCUCCAGAUUUUAUUUUUGGAGAAGAUGCAGAGUUUCUCCCUGAACCCUCUGAACUACCGCACUUGGUCGAGUGGGAUGCAGGAGACCCUGAGUGUUUGCUCCAGCUGGUCAAGGAGCUUAUCCAGCAGUACCACAGCUACCAGUGCCAGCGUCUGCGCGAUAGCUCCAGGCUCCUCUUCGAGUAUGACAGUCUGCUGGAGGAUCCCAACUACGGCCGCAACAUGGAGAUUUAUGCCGGACGCAAGAACAGCUGGACGGGAGAGUUCUCAGCCCGUUUCCUUCUUAAACUCCCUGUGGACUUCAGCAACAUCCCGGUCUAUCUCCUGAAGGACACAACUCUGGACCCUGGAGAGGAUGUGGCCCUUCUCUCUGUGAGCUUCGAGGACGCUGAGGCCACCCAAGUGUUUCCUAAACUCUACCUUUCCCCCAGCAUUGAACAUGCUCUGGGAGGCUCCUCUGCACUUCAUAUCCCAGCAUUCCCCAGUGGAGGAUGCCUAAUUGACUAUGUCCCUCAAGUGUGCCAGUUACUCACCAACAAGGUGCAGUAUGUCAUCCAAGGCUAUCACAAGAGGAGAGAGUACAUCGCCGCCUUCCUCAGCCACUUUGGAAUGGGGGUGGUGGAGUAUGACGCCGAGGGAUUCACAAAGCUCACCCUUCUGCUCAUGUGGAAAGACUUCUGCUUCCUAGUGCACGUGGAUCUCCCCCUGUACUUCCCCAGGGACCAGCCCACCCUCACCUUCCAGUCCGUGUACCACUUCACCAGCAGCGGUCAGCUGUAUUCUCAGGUGCAGAAGUCGUAUCCAUACAGCCCGCGCUGGGACGGCAACGAGAUGGCCAAGAGGGCAAAGGCGUACUUCAAGAGCUUCAUCCCGCAAUUCCAAGAGGGAGCCUUUGCCAACGGGAAGCUGUAGCGCUCUCUAGCUUAAUCACCUGCCUGGAGAGUUGCCUCCCUUUGUGUGUGAGUGUGUGAGUGUGUGUGUGUGUGUGUGUCUGUGUGUGUGUGUGUGUGUGUGUGUGUGUGUGUGUGUGUGUGUCUAUGUGUGUGUGUGUGUGUGUGUGUGUGUGUGAGUGUUUUUGUGAGAGAGAGAGAGAGAGAGAGUGUGUAUUUGUGCAUGCCAUUGUGUACCUGCACAUGAGUAUGCACGGGCUAACAGUACAGUGAGAGUGACGUGUGUUAUUUGCACACAGACGCUGCAAAUUCCACGUUGUGAGAGAAGCCACUUUGCUGAAGACGCCUAGUCGUCAUGGCUAUUAACUAUAACGUUUGCCGGCACAGUAAAGGACAUUUAUUUUGAAAAGAUACUCCAGCAUGGGCUCACCAUACUCCCCACAGAGGUGCCAUGCUGUGAACACGUAUUUGUUUAUUCAGUAUGUUAACAAGAUGUAAACUAUGAACUACACAAAGAGCUGUAAUGAGGUUGCAAAUCAUCAUUGUUCGCUGUUCGUUCACAAGACUGUCAAGUUCGGUUCCAGCGUUGACUUGUGUUAAAAUGCUGUAUGUUUGAAGCCUGUACUAUUGUUGUUGAUGUUGGCAAUACUGUUUGUUCAAAUUUCCUAUCCAGUAAAUAAUUGUGUCUACUCGGA